UAGUGGAGUUGAGCAUCAGUAGCGCGAGCUGCGCUUCUCUCGGUCUCUGUUUGCUUCUGUUUACUGGUUCGUACAGACUGAAUAAGCGAUGAGCCUGACAGAAACACACUCCAGCACCAGCACACGCCGUCAGGGUUUGGAGAGCUCGGUUGUUCGGUUGAACUGAGCACGGUGCGCUGUUCUGCUGCGGGUUUCUAAAAGUCUGAUUCGCGGCUGUUGUGCUGAAAGCUCUGAGCUGGAGGUGAUGAUUUCUACUUUUACUGCUUCCAACAGCGACUGCAUGCGAGAUUAUUCAAACUGCCGGAGGAGGGGGAGCGGUGAUAGAGGGGGCGUUUACGCUUCAGACUGACCGAACAAAAGCAAAAACAAUUUCUUGCAAACCAGAAGUCACCUGUUCUCCCUUUUCACCUGCCUAUCCAAGAUGCUUGGCCAUAAGUGCCACUCCACACUGCCAGCCUGACUGUUUCCCAGCAUUCUGAUCACCCUCAGACUUUUUCCCAGCACACUGGUGGAACCACGCCACCAGUUGCCAUUUCCAUUCGCUGGCCAUCCUUAUCUAUGCUGCUCUACCUGUCCAUGGCUGGCUUGCUGGGAUCUGUGUUUCUCCUGGUCUUGCAGACAUACGCCGCCCCUCCAGAGUUCAUCCAAAUAUGGCCAAACACACCCACUUCAAGCCCUGGCUAUGUGGAUAAUGAGACAGUCACACCAUCCUUGGUGCCACCACCCGGCACCAGCAAACACAUUCCCCAGAGCAUCAUUAUUGGUGUGCGUAAAGGUGGCACUCGUGCACUUCUCGAAAUGUUGGACAUUCAUCCGGAAGUAGCAGCAGCAGCUACUGAGGUUCACUUCUUUGACUGGGAUGAGAAUUAUGCCAAGGGACUAGAAUGGUACCGUGAGCUCAUGCCGUAUUCGUACCCUCACCAGAUCACCAUCGAAAAGACUCCGGGGUACUUCACUUCACCAUUAGCUCCGGCACGCAUUCGCAGCAUGAACUCCUCAAUCAGGCUCCUGCUCAUACUGCGAGACCCGGUUGAGCGAGUUAUCUCAGACUACACGCAGGUCUACUUCAACCGGCUGGAGAACCACAAGCCCGUCCAGGCCAUCGAGAACAUGCUGGUCAGGAACGGUGCUCUGAACACGCGCUACAAGGCAAUACAGCGCAGCCUCUAUGACGUCCACAUGAGAAAUUGGCUCCAGCACUUCCCGCUAGACCAGAUACACAUUGUAGAUGGGGACACUCUCAUCCAUAGCCCAUUGUUGGAGCUGCAAAAGGUGGAGCGCUUCCUAAAGCUGCGUCCUCGGAUAGAGGCCUCCAACUUUUACUUCAACCAGACCAAAGGCUUCUACUGCAUCCGCAGCGACGGCCGAGAGAGGUGCCUCCACGAAUCCAAAGGACGGCCUCACCCUCUAGUGAACAGCACCAUCCUUGAGCAGCUCCGCACCUAUUUCCGCCAGCACAACCAGAACUUCUACCAGAUGGUCAGACGCACCUUUAACUGGCACUAGUGCAGGGGCUAAUUGACUUUGUCCAGUUGGAUCAAGCCUUCUCUUCAGUCCAUGUCCAGUCAGAUAGCUGUUUAGCACCAAUACUGAAAUGGGGUGCAGAUGGAAGCACAAACUGUCCCUGAAUAAUUCUUCUAAAUGCCUUUGAAUUCUUGCUAAGACUGCAGGACAACUCUGCAAUCAAAACCAUUUUAACCAUUAAGAAAACAGUUGAAUGAAUUAUUUAUGAAUGAAUGCAUACAGUGGGAGCACUGUAGACUGUUGGUCCUCUCUGAGAAUAUACAAAAUACUGAAGAAUUGUCACAAUUUUGUGAGCUUAAGCCUUUUUUCGUUCAUUUGAUAUUCUUGUACUGGAUAAUAAAUCGUUCUGUUUUCAAACCUGGAUGUCAGA